CAGAAAGCAUCCAUUCUCGGUCUGUACGAAAAUUUUGCUGAAGUCACUCUUGAUGCAGGACGAAGUUCUCAGACUCGAAGUGAUUGGUACACAUACGUGAUUCUUUACGGUCUACCAUACAGUGGUUACGUGCUAGCUUCUUAUGACGCUUCAGUAUUAAACGAUAUAUUAGGUACAAUUGAAGUUUACAUGACUAAACGCCAGUGCCCCCAUGUCUCAUUAUUACGCGUUUGGGAGUCAAAUGAUCCUCACCCACAAGAAGAUUAUCUGGAUUGUUUGUGGGCUCAAAUAUGCAAUCUCCGAAAUAGUGGUUGGGUGGAAAAAGUAACUUGGAGAUUAUAUGACUCUUUUCCUAGCUUAAAAGAACAUGGUCAGCCGCAUAAAUUAUCACCUCUCACACCUCCUGAUUAUGAUGCGGAGGUUAUUUAUCCUCUUCCAUCUGUGGUUUUUCGAAUGUUUGACUAUACUGAUGUAAUAGAUCAAGAUGAAAACGAGAUUUUUCCUAAUUCAGAUUUAUCAUCAGAUGGAGUUAAAUCUAAUAAAGAAACGAUUCCUUAUUGA